AAAUACUUAGCUGCUUACUUAUUAUUGAACGCUGCUGGUUCAACCCCAUCUGCUGAUGGUGUCAAAUCCGUCUUAGAAUCAGUCGGUAUUGAAGUUGAAGAAGAAAGAAUCUCUCAAUUAUUCGAAGCCGUUGAAGGUAAAUCAGUUGAAGAAUUAAUCGCUGAAGGUAACGAAAAAUUAGCUACUGUCCCAACUGGUGGUUCAGGUGCUGCUGCUGCUCCAGGUGCCGCCGCUGCUGAUGCUCCAGAAGCUGCUGCUGAAGAAGCUGAAGAAGAAAAAGAAGAAUCUGAUGAUGAUAUGGGUUUCGGUUUGUUCGAUUAG